AUGACGGUACAGGAUUAUCAUGGGCAUAAAAUUCCUGACCCUUAUGCUUGGCUUGAAGACCCAGACAGUGAGCAGACAAAGGCUUUUGUGGAAGCCCAGAACAAGAUUACUGUGCCAUUUCUUGAGCAGUGUCCUAUCAGAGGUUUAUACAAAGAGAGAAUGACUGAGCUAUAUGACUAUCCCAAGUAUAGUUGCCACUUCAAGAAAGGAAAACGGUAUUUCUAUUUUUACAAUACAGGUUUGCAGAACCAGCGAGUAUUAUAUGUACAGGAUUCCUUAGAGGGUGAAGCCAGAGUAUUCCUAGACCCCAACAUACUCUCCGACGAUGGCACGGUGGCACUUCGAGGCUAUGCAUUCAGCGAAGAUGGUGAAUAUUUUGCCUAUGGUCUGAGUGCCAGUGGUUCAGACUGGGUGACAAUCAAGUUCAUGAAAGUCGAUGGUGCCAAAGAGCUUCCAGAUGUGCUUGAAAGAGUCAAGUUCAGCUGUAUGGCCUGGACCCAUGAUGGGAAGGGAAUGUUCUACAACUCAUACCCCCAACAAGAUGGGAAGAGUGAUGUUCUCUCACAAAAGAAUAUAUUCUCAUCAGCCCCUGCACUGUUUUUAUUUCCUUCCCAGUUGUCUGACGAUGGCCGCUAUGUCUUGUUAUCAAUAAGGGAGGGAUGUGACCCAGUAAACCGACUCUGGUACUGUGACCUACAGCAGGAAUCCAAUGGCAUCACUGGAAUCCUGAAGUGGGUCAAACUCAUCGACAACUUUGAAGGAGAAUACGACUACGUGACCAACGAGGGGACAGUGUUCACGUUCAAGACAAAUCGCCAUUCCCCCAACUAUCGCCUGAUCAACAUUGACUUCACGGACCCUGAGGAGUCUAAAUGGAAAGUGCUUGUUCCCGAGCACGAGAAAGAUGUCUUAGAAUGGGUAGCUUGUGUGCGGUCUAACUUCUUGGUGUUAUGCUACCUCCACGACGUGAAGAACACGCUGCAGCUUCACGACCUGGCCACCGGUGCUCUGCUCAAGACCUUCCCGCUCGAGGUCGGCAGCAUCGUGGGCUACAGCGGCCAGAAGAAGGACACCGAAAUCUUCUAUCAGUUUACUUCCUUUUUAUCUCCAGGCAUCAUUUAUCACUGUGAUCUUACCAAAGAGGAACUGGAGCCAAGAGUCUUCCGAGAGGUGACUGUGAAAGGAAUUGAUGCUUCCGAUUAUCAAACAGUCCAGUCGGCAAACUGGCCCCUGGUUUUGUUGGAGAACAUCCGUACCCAUCUGUUUACGGAGUGCCUGUGA